CUGGGCGGCCGGGCCAUGGGGGAGGCCGAGGUGGGCGGCGGUGGCGCGGCGGGCGACAAGGGGCCGGGCGAGGCAGCCACCAGCCCGGCCGAGGAGACGGUGGUGUGGAGCCCCGAGGUGGAGGUGUGCCUCUUCCACGCCAUGCUGGGCCACAAGCCUGUCGGUGUGAACCGGCACUUCCACAUGAUCUGUAUCCGGGACAAGUUCAGCCAGAACAUCGGUCGGCAGGUCCCGUCCAAGGUCAUCUGGGACCACCUGAGCACCAUGUAUGACAUGCAGGCCCUGCACGAGUCUGAGAUUCUUCCAUUCCCGAAUCCAGAGAGGAACUUCGUCCUUCCAGAAGAGAUCAUUCAAGAAGUCCGAGAAGGAAAAGUGAUCAUUGAAGAGGAAAUGAAAGAGGAGAUGAAGGAGGAUGUGGACCCCCAUAACGGGGCCGACGACGUUUUUUCAUCUUCAGGAAGCUUGGGGAAAUCCACAGAAAAAUCCAGCAAAGACAAAGACAAGAACUCCUCAGACUUGGGGUCCAGAGAAGGGGCGGACAAGCGGAAGCGCAGCCGGGUCGCUGACAAAGUCCUGACCGCCAACAGCAACCCCUCCAGCCCCAGCUCCGCCAAGCGGCGCCGAACGUAGAUGCUCCCCGGGCGCGGAGGAGGGCGGACGGGCCGGCGGACAGGCAGGAGCCGUGCUCACCAGGCAGGCGGCUGGUCAGACGCCGGAGGCCCCGCACUGUCCGCUCAGACCAUCUGGGCUCUGAUGGAUCCACGAGACCAGGAUGGCCCCGCGCUCUCAGGUGUCGAGAGCGGUGAGUGGGGAGUCGGGCUCCAUCUUCUCUGGACGUCCACACGUGGCUUCCUGGGACGUGGAUCAGCUCCACCUCUGCUGAGGCGCUGGGGGCGGGUAGGAGACCCGGCAUGGCAGGCAGUAGAGCACCGUUCCCCUCCGUCCUCUGAGGAGCGCUGGCCUUCCCGGGCGACUGGCUCUUCCUGUGCAUCCAAUCGUCCAUCCGUCCGCCACUCUUUCUACAGUGACUGCCACCUCAGGAGAGAGGCCCCCGUGCCCACGCCGCGGCCCCUCCCUCGCCACCUGAGAAGCAGAAGACUGGAUGUUGUGCCUCGUUCACUUGUACUGUAAUGAUGUAUAUAAUUUGGUUGGUAUUUCACUAUUUAAUUUUUAAGAAGCCUAUUUUAUUAGUGUUUUUUAGGAAGAAAAUACUGCAGAAGUUAAACCUGUGUUGUAUUUUUUCUGAGAUGUUUUGUUUUAAGGAUAUGACUACGGAGGUACUUUUUGCUGUUUUUAUAUGCUAGAUACAGAGAAUUUGUAGCGGUUAUUUUUGUAUUACCGAGUAGCUUGCAAACAGACCAAAUGAGUGAGUGAGGGGAAAGCCGGCUGUGGGGCUGCCAAGGCCGUGGCUCUGGGGUGACUAAAUACACUUCCGUUUGUGGAAAAUUAAAGCACAAAAAGCAA